CGUGAAGAUACAGCGCGGUUUGGGCUUAUUGAGUCUGCGCUAACAGAAAAGGAGGAGGUUCCCGAAUAGAGUCCUUUAUUUAUUUCUUUGUUUCCAGUGGGGAAAAAUAAUAACAGCGGUAUAUACCACAGCCACUUCAUUCAUUAUCAUUGUCCGUAUAUACAAGAAAACUGGAUAAGAUUACAGUGGUUACUCGAAGGCCAAAGCCAAGAGGAGGAGGAUGAAGCGGCGCAAUGCGGACUGCAGCAAACUCCGACGGCCGUUAAAACGGAACCGAAUCACAGAGGGUAUAUACGGCAGUACCUUCCUGUACCUGAAGUUCUUGGUGGUGUGGGCUCUGGUGCUGCUGGCAGAUUUUGUGCUGGAGUUCAGGUUUGAAUACCUCUGGCCAUUCUGGCUUUUCAUCCGGAGUGUGUACGACUCCUUUCGAUACCAGGGGCUGGCCUUCUCAGUAUUCUUUGUGUGUGUUGCGUUUACCUCGGACAUCAUUUGCCUCCUCUUCAUCCCAGUGCAAUGGCUUUUCUUCGCUGCCAGUACCUAUGUGUGGGUGCAGUAUGUUUGGCACACAGAGAGAGGAGUCUGUCUGCCCACAGUGUCUCUAUGGAUACUCUUUGUCUACAUAGAGGCAGCAAUCAGAUUCAAAGACCUGAAGAACUUCCAUGUGGACUUGUGCCGUCCCUUUGCUGCACACUGCAUUGGCUACCCAGUGGUCACACUUGGAUUUGGCUUCAAGAGCUAUGUAAGCUAUAAGAUGCGCCUUCGGAAGCAGAAGGAGGUGCAAAAGGAAAAUGAAUUUUACAUGCAACUCCUGCAACAGGCUCUGCCUCCAGAGCAACAAAUGCUUCAGAGGCAAGAGCGAGAAGCGGAAGAAGCAGCAGCAGCAGCAGCUAAAGGAAUAUCUGAAGUGGACACACCUCCAGUAUCACAGAAUGGUGCCCCAGCCAAUAAAAAGACAUCGGCACCAAUGCCGGAGUUAGAGUAUAAAGAAAAAGGGAAAGAGGGAAGGAGCGGUGGGGAUGCUAAAAAACAGCACAACAGCAUCCUACCAUCAUCUGUGGACUCUAAACUCCAGGAGAUGGAGUAUAUGGAGAACCAUAUGAACAACAAGAGACUGACCACAGAGCUGGGCAGCACAGAGAACCUGUUGCUUAAAGAGGAUAACAACUCCUCCUGCUCAUCCUCAUCAUCCUCCUCCUCCAAAAACUACAAAAAUGCUAGCAGCAAUGCUGCAACGCUCAAUUCCUCGCCCCGUGGCCAUAGCGCCACCAACGGCAGCGUGCCCUCCUCUGCAUCAACAGCCUCCUCUUCCACAGGGAAGAAUGAGAAGAAGCACAAGUUAACAGUUGGGAAGGGGAAUUCAGGUGGCUCCCACAGGGAUCCCACAGACAACUGUAUCCCCAACAACCAGCUGAGUAAGCCAGAAGCACUUGUAAGAUUGGAGCAGGAUGUAAAGAAGUUAAAGGCAGACCUGCAGGCCAGCCGGCAGGUUGAGCAGGACCUCCGCAGCCAGAUUGGCUCGCUGGGCAGCGCUGAGCGCUCCAUACGUACCGAGCUGGGCCAACUGCGCCAAGAAAAUGAGCUACUGCAGAACAAGCUCCAUAAUGCUGUGCAGGCAAAGCAAAAGGACAAACAGGCUGUGAGCCAACUGGAGAAGAGGCUCAAAGCAGAACAGGAGGCUCGAGCCAGCAUCGAGAAACAGCUUGCAGAGGAAAAGAAGCGAAAGAAGUUAGAAGAAGCAACAGCAGCAAGAGCAGUAGCACUAGCAGCAGCAUCCAGAGGGGAGUGCACAGAUACACUGCGGCGGCGGAUCACUGAAUUAGAAACAGAGUGUAAAAAACUAACAAUGGACAUCAAGCUAAAGGAGGACCAGAUCAGAGAACUUGAGUUGAAAGUCCAGGAACUUCAUAAAUACAAGGAGAAUGAAAAAGACACAGAAGUACUGAUGUCAGCACUGUCAGCCAUGCAGGACAAGACACAGCACCUGGAGAACAGCCUGAGUGCAGAGACCAGGAUCAAACUGGACCUCUUCUCUGCACUAGGAGAUGCCAAAAGACAACUUGAGAUUGCACAAGGUCAGAUCAUGCAGAAGGACCAGGAGAUUAAAGAUCUGAAGCAGAAAAUAGCUGAAGUGAUGGCCGUUAUGCCCAGCAUCUCUUACACAGCUGACACCAGCAGCAUGACCCCUGUUGCCCCCCACUACUCCUCCAAGUUCAUGGACACCAAUCCCUCUGGCCUAGACCCCAACGCCUCUGUUUACCAGCCACUCAAAAAGUGAACGCUUUGUCCCGCCCAUGCCUCCCUCCAUCCUCCUGUCAUUUUAUUUCCCCUGCAGGGCCACCAUUUUCCAAAUCUGCUCAGCAUGUCUGCAGCUGAGAACAUUGUCUUUCUUGGGGUUUUAUUUUUCUCCACGCCAGGUCAGAAGGAUGUUGUAUUGUGUGACUGUAUUUGUUGUAGUUGAUACAAAAGAUAAAAAAAAAAACUCAAAUUGAAAUCACUUGUCAACUAGGAAGUCCCUUUUUGUUUUCUCUACAGUGUUCAGUGAAACCUCACAGAAUCGGGUAUAUAUAUGCAUCGCAUGGUUGUUGCUCUCUCUUUCUACUAGUGCCACCGCUGCAACAACCUAAAACCAGUUCCCUGCUCAUUUUUACUGGGAAAACUCUUAACUUUAGGUUAAUCUUUUUCCCUUCCUAAAAAAUUGCAAAACAUUUUCUCAUACAGCCUUAUUUGUGUCCCUGUUCUGCUGACAGAUUUUUUUUCUCCUAAGGUAACAUGGCAACAUCUGAAAAACCAGAGGAAUGUAGUGCAAAGAUGGCACAGACCCUUACUCCUGAUACAUUUGAUCUUUAUUUUUUGGUAAAUUAACCCUGCGCUCAGCUGCUUUUUGUGUUUGGGGGUAAUUUGUUUGGAAUGUGUUGUGUGGGUUAGUCUGUUCACUCUUCAAGAUUCAGAUGUUUUAACACAUUUGAAAGGAUCUUGUGUUGUUAGCAGGAACAUAAACAUUGAACUUAAAUGGACACAAGCAGCUUCUAUUGUUAACCAUUAUUGAAAAUAUUCGUUUGGUCUCCCCAUCUGUAUUUUUUGAGUUGAAAGAGUGCAGUAAGAGAAGUCUGUAUGGUAUACCAGCUUCUGUGCGAUACUCUGCAUUGUCUUUUAUUAGUUGUCAUAAUCGCAGUGCCUUGAGUUGAUGUCAUAGAGUGAGUUUGAUAAUGUGAUCCAGCUGGCCCAACCCUUCUGAAUGAGUGUGGGACAAAGUUGCCUUUGGAUGCUGAUUGGACUCCCUAAUGCCAGCUGAUCCAUGGUGUCCACAUGAGGGCAACCUUGUCCCUUAUGUAAAAAAAUAAACAUUUAAUAGAUACAGUAGAUGGCACCAAGUCUAAGACUUUUCACCGUACUCAUAAUAGCCUACUGUCUGUCUGUUGGCAUGUUAGCCACCACAGAGUCUACUACAUACAGGUCUCCAGCUUAUAACAUGUCCACUAGCAGGCUAUCUCUACUGCUGAUCAGCCCCAAAUCUGUAGGUGUAGCUGAUGCCCUCUCCUUUAUUUUUCAAGUCCAACUUAAAGUUGCACUAUAGAUAAAACAAGCUGUUUUAAAGGGAAGCUGUAUAGACAGACCGUACAAUGUACACAAUGUUUUGGAAAUGCCAAUUUUAAUAUAGAAGUUUAUAAUUUUUAUUUAAAUAAUCUUCAACUUCAGUUUGUGUGCCAAGACUCAAAUGCUUGUUUCUCUAGAAAUGUUUUCAAGAAUGUACUGUGAACACAUUGGCCAACAUGUUUGUUAAAUAUCCAGUUUGAAUAUCACUUGGUGAAAGUUUCUGUUAAGCAGGUUGAGGACGUGGUCACCUGUUUGUAGUAGACUGUGUAGUUAAAGUAAAGGACUAGAAAGUCAAAUUUCUUUUGUGAAUGUUACAGUAUUUACAACUGUUGGGCAUGUGGCUGUUUUAAAGCAGUUUUCUUAACUAUCUGUUUCUGGUAUUGUUAUUUUCCUGCAGGGAGAAAAUCGCUCGAGUCUGAUGUGGUUUCAAUAUCAUUUGAAAUGGUCAUUGUUAUGCGUGUGGUUUUCACCUAUUGUAAAUGGAGAAGCUUUUUGUGCUCAGAUUGCUGUCAUUGGCUCCUGAAAAAAAAGUGAAAUUACAGAUAAGUCAGUUGUUUGGUCAGCUGAUUGCUGAAAGUAUAGAAAAGUGUUUUGUUUUUUGUUUUCUAUGCCCACAGUCACUGCUCUGUUUCUCCCCAGGUCUGACCUUGGCUGUGGUCUCGCUCUGUGAGGUUUACAAGGAAUAAACAUUUUUUUCUUGCA